GCCACAACACACCAAAAUGGAGUCAACUCGGGUGUUUGUUAGUGGCCUUCCGCCAUCCUGCUCCAAUGACCAGCUUCGCAGUCAUUUUGCAGGCCGCUUUCAGGUCACGGAUGCUCAUGUGUUGCCUAAGCGCCACAUGGGCUUCGUUGGCUUCAAAAGCAAUGAAGUAGCAAAGGAAGCUGCAAGCUACUUCAACAGGACAUACAUGAGGAUGUCCAAGAUCUCGGUAGAUCUUGCUCGACCGAUUGAUUCCAAGUCAGACAAGGCUCACCCCACCAGGAGACUUGAUGCACAGGAGACUGCGGACAAUGCGCUCAAGCGCAAGAGGGACGCCGAGAAAAAGGCAGAGGACCCCAAGCUGAAGGAAUAUAUGUCUUUGAUGGCCAACUCCAAGACCCGAACCUGGGCGAACGAUGACAUGAUCCAGCCAUCAGAGCAGCCCUCGCGGGCCAUUAACCAAGUGACUGAGGAUAACAGUGUAACCGAGGAGCUGCCUUCACAUCGGAAGAAAGCUCGGACACAGGAACCUGCUGCCAAGGAGCAACCUCAGCCCAUGGUUGUGGACAGUGCUACGGAUGAAGUUGAAGAGUCACAUGCCCAGGAAGAGACAGAGGCACAAGAAGAAGAGGCUGGUCCUGUAUCGGAUGCCGACUGGCUCCGGUCCAAGACAAGCCGGCUUUUGGGUCUUCUUGAUGAGGAUGAGCAGACCGAUUUCGAAACACACAAAGUUGAGGAACCGGUCGAGCCACCCCGUCGGUCCCAUAUUGAAUCCCGCACUACGGCAAUUGAGAACAUCGGGUCCGAGGACGUCAUGACCGAGCCCGCAACUAAUGAUGACGAUGCAGUCGAAGACAUUCCCGAUCGGGAAGAGCAGGAACCGAUUGAUGACCAAAACAUUGAUUUGAUCCGGGCCUCUGCCCGUUUGUUCCUCAGAAACUUGGCGUACGACAUUAAAGAGGACGAUCUUCAGCCUCUCUUUGCUCCAUAUGGAAAACUCGAAGAGAUUCACGUGGCUUUUGAUACUCGCACUGAGACCAGCAAGGGUUUCGCCUACGUGCAGUAUGCAGAUGCAGAUGGUGCUGUUGAUGCCUACAAGGAUCUCGAUGGCAAGCACUUCCAAGGUCGUAUUUUGCACAUCCUCCCCGCUUCUGAGAAGAAGACGUACAAGAUCGAUGAAUACGACCUGUCGAAGCUUCCAUUGAAGAAGCAAAAUCAGAUCAAGCGGAAGAUGAAUGCUACAUCUUCCACAUUCAGUUGGAACUCUCUCUACAUGAAUUCUGAUGCCGUCAUGUCAUCUGUAGCUCAAAGACUAGGUGUUUCCAAAUCGGAGCUGCUAGAUCCAACUUCAUCCGAUGCCGCUGUGAAGCAGGCACAUGCUGAGACGCAUGUCAUUCAGGAGACAAAGGCUUACUUCGCCGCCAACGGAGUCAACAUUGAUGCUUUCAAGCACCGGGAACGUGGAAACACAGCAAUCUUGGUGAAAAACUUCUCCUACGGUGUUCAGAGUGAGGAGCUCCGGAAGCUCUUUGAUCCUUAUGGUAAAAUCAUCCGAUUGUUGAUGCCACCCAGUGGCACCAUCGCUAUUGUCGAGUUCGCGAGGCCCGAUGAAGCGCAAAAGGCGUUCCGGGGUCUCGCCUAUCGUAAGAUGGGUGACUCCAUCCUUUUCUUGGAGAAAGCUCCCAGGGACCUAUUCGAUCCUAAUGUGGCCCCGAAGAACGUUGCUAUUGAGACAAAGGGCAAGGAUCAGGGCUUCUCCACCUCCGACACCUUCGCGGCAGACGAGGUUGAGGGCGCAUUUACGACUACCCUCUUCGUGAAGAAUUUGGCCUUUGCAACUACCAACGAGAAAUUCCUGGAGGUCUUCCGGCCGCUGGACGGCUUCGUUACGGGUCGUAUCAAGACCAAGCCCGAUCCCAAGAAGCCCGGUCAGACACUCAGCAUGGGCUUCGGCUUUGCAGAGUUCAAGACCAAGUCACAAGCCCAGUCGGCAGUGGCUGCUAUGAAUGGGUACAAGUUAGAUGGCCACGAGCUGGUGAUCCGCGCCUCCCACAGGGGCAUGGAUGCCGCCGAAGAGCGGAGACGGGAGGAUACCGCCAAGAAAAUUGCAUCGAGAAGAACCAAGAUCAUCAUCAAGAACUUGCCUUUCCAGGUUACCAAGAAGGAUAUUCGGUCCCUAUUCGGUGCCUACGGUCAACUGCGGUCCGUCCGUGUUCCGCAGAAGUUCGAUCGCACGGCGCGUGGUUUCGGUUUCGCGGACUUUAUCAGUGCUCGCGAGGCUGAGAAUGCUAUGGACGCGUUGAAAAACACGCAUCUUCUGGGUCGACGACUCGUGCUGGAAUUCGCAAACGAGGAGGCUGUCGAUCCCGAGGAGGAGCUCGCGAGGUUAGAAAAGAAGGUAGGGGAGCAGGUGGACAGGGUCAGGAUCCAACAGCUUACGGGCGGAGGGCGAAAGAAAUUCACAGUAGGAGGCCAGGAGGAGGAAGCAUGA